AUGGAAGCAAAAAAAAAGAAACUACAAAGAAAUGUUUCUGCAAAAGUAUUUCGUCACGAAUAAGCAAUUGAAAAAUAUAAAAACUAUCAAGCAAACAAGAAUAAUGAUGAAAAAUUAAAUGAUAUGAUGCAUGGUUAAGUACAUAAAGAAUAUGUAUCGAGACCAGGUGAAUUUAUGGUAGUGGCAUCAGGAAAAGUAGAAGAUAAAAAUUAAUUUUUAGACAUUCCUUUAUUUUCUCUCCUUGAUGUAAAAAAAUAAUAUGUAUAUAUAUAAAAAAAUAAAUAAAGGGUACAAAAACAUUUAGUGAAUUAAAAGCUUAAUCAUAAAAAAACAUCUAAUCUAAGCUAUCAUAAUAAACAUAAAAAAAUAAGAUAAAGACGUCCCUAAACAAGUAAAUUAGGCAAUUAUAUAUUAGAUUCAUAAUACUAAAUGAAAAGUAUAAAUGAAGAAGAUAACUUCAUCCAAUUCGAUGAAGCAAAUGAAUCAUUUGACAAUAAUAAUAAAAGAAACAUACAAAGUUAAGAAAUAGAUUUAAUAUAAUAAAACUCAUAAACACGUUUUACUAAAAACAUAAAAAUUAUAUUAGAUAAAUAACAUAUUAACUUCUUAUCUCCAACAACAAAAGUAAUGAAAAUGGUUGUCGAAAAUAAUGUCAAAAAAGAAGGAUCUCCAGAUAAGAAAUUAAUAGAAAUGCUAAAUAGAGUUAAUUCUGCAAAAAUAAAACCGCUGAGACCCAUAUCUUCAAUUUAGAUGUUUAACAACGGGGGUCCUAGACCUAUUUCGGCUUAAUUCAUAAUUUAAAAUUUGUAAGGUGAAAACGCUGAAAGAGCAACUGAAUCAAAAUUAGUUUAAGAUGCCUUACUUAGAGAAUAGAAAAAUUUAGAUAAAAUAACAAAAAAAAGAAGUAGUUAUUAAUCAUCAGUACCUGAAUAUAAAAGAACUGUCAAACAUAUUACUGGAUAUAAUACAGUAAUAUUAGAACAGGAAGAUUAUGAAAAAAAAUGGAAUUACAACCCUAGUAAUGGUAAAAAGGAAAAUAAUUAUCAAUAAAAAAUAUAAACAGCUAUCGAUUUUACAAAAUAAAGCCCAUAUUUAAGAGGAAAUUUAAAUGCAGAGAAAUUGAUUAUGAAGCAAAAGGGAAUAGAUUAUGAAAACCAAGUUUAAGUACAAGAAAUUAUGGAUAUUAAAUAAGGGAAUUUCUUGCCUUUGGAUUAUUAUAAUUUAGAUGAUGACGAUCUUAAUCCUUAAUAGACUUUAGAGAAAUAUAGAGAGUAAAGUGGGAUUAUUUGGGGUUUUUCGAAGUAUUUUGAUAACCACGGAAGCUUUGAAUGGUAGUUGUGUCAAGUUAUUAAAUUUGACAAUGAAAAAGAUCAAUUUUUAAUUUAAUGGGAAUCUAGUAAAUAAAAAUAUGUUUCGAGAGUAAAUUUAAGGUUCAAAAACGAAAAUGAGUAAGAUUUCUAAAGAAAACUUUAAGCAGCUGAAUAUUAUAGAGAUAUGAGUGAAAUUUAUUUAAAAUAUAACUAUAUUAUAGAUACUAUGGAAACUGAAACAUCUGAAAUUAAUAAAGAAUGUAUAGAAAGAAUAAAAGUACUUGUCGCAGGAUUUACUUUUAAAUUAAAUUAAUUAAGAGAUCCUUUAAAAUAUUUUAAAUUAGAAUCUUCAAUAAAAUAUAAUAUGAAACGUUAAUUAGUCCCUAAGCAAAUUGUAAAUUGUGAAAAAAGGUCUGAAGAGUAAUUAAAAUAACAUGAAAACUAAAAGGAAAAUUCGAUAAAAAGGCAAGCAAAUUAAAAUUCACCUGUCUUAUAAAAAAACACCUCGAAUUCCGAACUAGAUAAAAACAGAAAACAGCAAGUUCCAAAACAAACUAUAAUCCAAUAAGGCAAAACAGUUGAAGAAAUAUUUUUAGAAAAAAGAUUUAAACAAAAUGUUAUAUAAUAACUCGUGGAAGAUAUAAAAAAAGAGUUUAUACGCGCAAACCAUAAAGUAGAGUAUAAUAAUACACUUCCAUAUCAUGAGGAAAGACAAAAAUUAUUUAAAUACAUGCUUUCAGAUGAAUUAUUUGAACCCAUAAUCGAUAAAUAGAGAAAAGAAUCAAACUAAUUAGGCUGUUUAGAUGCAGGAUAUCCAAAUAAUCAUAAGCCAAUUCAUUUUAUCAACUCUUUUAAGAAAAUGAGCUAGGUUAUGCAUGUUGCUAAUAAAGAAAGACUUGAAAUUUUAUCUAAUAUGAAUGCUUCUUUGAUGAAUUUUUCGUAAUAAUUGCUUGUUUUGAAUGUUUUUAAAUAUCCUAUUUUUUUAAAUGAUUUCAAAAAAUAAUUCGAAAACAAAUAUUAGGAUGUUAUUAGAGAACUCACAUUGAAAAUUUCUGAUACUAAUAUCGAUAUUAUUAAUAUGGUUAAGGAAGAAAUUAGGAUUGCUUAAAAAAAAAUUAAGAAUUAAUUAGAACAGUCACUACUGAUGAAUAAAAAAAAUAUUACUUCGAUUAAGAGUUGA